AUGUCGGAGAAUUUCAAAGUGUGUUUCUGUUGUAGCAGAAGCUUCAAGGAGAAAAAGAGACAGCCACCAGAUAGCAUCAAGAGACUAUUCGAAGCUUAUUCAAGAAACGGCAAGAUGUCUUCCGAUGACCUUCUAAGGUUUGUGAAUGAGGUCCAAGGAGAAAGGCACGCAGGGCUAGACUACGUGCAAGAUAUCUUCCACAGCGUUAAACACCAUAACGUUUUUCAUAUCCAUGGACUUAUUCAUCUCAACGCCUUUUAUCGCUACCUCUUUAGUGAUAUCAACUCUCCUCUUCCCUUGUCUAGCCAGGUGCAUCAUGACAUGAAGGCGCCUUUAUCGCAUUACUUUGUGUACACGGGACACAACUCUUACUUGACUGGGAAUCAAGUGAACAGCAGAAGCAGCGUAGAGCCGAUCGUGCAGUCUCUGAGAAAAGGCGUAAAAGUGAUCGAGCUCGACUUAUGGCCUAGUCCUUCAGGGAACUCUGCUGAAGUUCGUCAUGGCGGGACACUUACAUCGCAUGAAGACUUGCAGAAAUGUCUCACCGCGAUAAAGGAUAACGCGUUCCAUGUGUCUGAUUAUCCAGUUGUGAUCACCCUGGAAGAUCAUUUGCCACCUAAUCUUCAAGAGAAAGUUGCUAAAAUGUUAACUAAAACAUUCAGAGGGAUGCUGUUUCGUUGGGGCUCAGAGAGUUCCAGGCAAAUUCCAUCACCAGAAGAACUUAAGAAGAAGAUUCUCAUCUCUACAAAACCUCCAAAGGAGUAUCUUGAGAGCCAAACUGGUCAGACUUCAACAACUCCAAGGGUUAAAGAAACUUCUUGGAGCAGACCAGCAAGUAGUACUAAUACGGCAUGGAAAGGAUUGAACAAGAAUCCUGAUGAUGAAGAAGAAUCGGAGAGUGAAGCUGUUGGAUAUAGAGACUUGAUCGCGAUUCAAGCUGGGAACUGCAAAAAUAGUUUGAAGGAUUGCUUGAGUGAUGAUCCAGGGAAGCCUCGACGGAUAAGCAUGGAUGAGCUAUGGCUAGAGAAUCUAGUUAGAACCAGAGGAACCGAUCUUGUAAGGUUUACACAGAGGAAUAUACUGAGGAUACAUCCAAAGGGUACAAGAGUGGACUCGUCGAACUACGAUCCUCUAGUUGGAUGGACACACGGUGCUCAAAUGGUUGCCUUUAACAUGCAAGGACAUGGGAAGCAUCUAUGGAUUAUGCAAGGAAUGUUCAGAGCCAAUGGCGGAUGUGGCUACGUUAAAAAGCCUCGCGUAUUGCUAGACACGCAUAACCUCUUUGACCCUAGCAAAAGGCUUCCCAUUAAGACCACUCUCAAGGUGAAGAUUUACACCGGCGAAGGAUGGGAUUUGGAUUUCCCUCAAACACAUUUUGAUCAAUACUCUCCUCCAGAUUUCUUCGUAAAGAUUGGAAUUGCAGGAGCUCUUAGAGACACGGUCACUUACAGAACGGAAACAGCUGUUGAUCAGUGGUUUCCUAUAUGGAAGAGCGAGUUCUUGUUUCAGCUCUCUGUUCCAGAAUUGGCACUUGUUUGGUUCAGAGUCCAAGACUUCGACAGUGACACUCAGAAUGAUUUCGCCGGACAGACAUGUCUUCCUUUGCCUGAACUAAAGUCGGGAGUUAGAGCGGUCCGGCUUCACGAUCGAGCAGGAAAGGCUUACAAGAACACAAGGCUUCUCGUCAGCUUCUCCUUUGAUCCUCCUUAUACGUUUCAGAUCUCCUGA